GUUUCGGAGGAGUACGGUUAUGAUAAACUUAUGUCAAUAUUCACGGAUGUAAAUAAAUGCUGCAAUGGAUGAAUGUGACGAGAUAUCUUUACCUAGUGAUACUUUGAAAAUAUUGCAUGAAUUUUUGCAAGAAAAACAAAAACGAGAGGAAGAUGAGCAGCACAAAAUUGAGAACAAAUUGGGUAAAGAAGCCACCUUUGAGGAAAAUUGGCAACUAAGUCAAUUUUGGUACAGUAAAAGCACAAAAAAGAUUCUGAGUUCAGUCGUAAGAAAAUUGGUCGAUAACGCUACAAAAGACAAUUUUAAAAUAGCGUUAUUAUCGUGUCCUUCACUGUAUUGUGUUGUAAAAGAAACGCAUCCCAAUGUUAAAAUAUUUGAAUAUGAUAAGCGAUUUUCUGCGUAUGGAGAUGAUUUCAUAUUUUAUGAUAUAAACGAAGCUAUCACAUUAACGCACCUCCAAGAUGAAUGGAAUAGUUUUGAUUUAAUUAUAGCAGACCCGCCGUUUCUAUCAGAAGAAUGUAUUAUAAAAAUUUCUGAAAUUAUUACCAACCUUGGGAAAGACAACUCAAAGAUAAUAUUUUGCUCAGGAGCAACAGUAGAAACUUGGUUAAUCAAAUAUUUAAAUUUAAAAAAAUGUCGGUAUCGCCCUGAACAUGAAAGAAACUUGGGAAAUGAAUUUGCCACUUAUGCUAAUUUUGAACUGGAUAAUUUUAUUGAAUUAUAAAAAAAAUGUAUUUGGCUAUUAAGAAUUUUUCAAAAUCAAUAAACUAAAUUUAUAUGACUGCACUAAUACAAUUUUGUGUGAACGAUAAUAAAUAUAUGGUGUCAAAGUGUUAAAUGCUCAAAUUCUACUUAGUAGAGUCAGCAUCCUUGCGUUGCUGUACUAGUUCACGUAAGCCAUCCUCUUGGUCCUU